UACAUUGGUUGCCUAGAAGUAAACACGUCUAUGAAGAGCUUAAACUUUGACACCAGAUCAUUGAUAGCAAAAGAAUGCAUCAGCAAAGUGUGUGAAGCAGCAGGACUCAAAACUGCUGACCGUAAAAGAAAGGUAGUGAAGACAAUUAGUAGAAUCUUAGGUGAACGACCCCUGAUGGAACACGCCGGUAGCAACGUGAACCUGACGAUAACCAGUACAGCGCUGACGCUUACCAUACUGGAGUCGGGUCAAGUGGUUGCUUGUCAUGACAUGCCAAAUAUAUCCUUCGCUUCUGGUGGAGACCCGGACACCUUGGACUUCAUUGCGUACGUAGCCAAAGACAGCCGGUAUGGGCGUGCGUGCUUUGUGCUGGAGUGUGGAGGAGGCCUGGCCCAAGAUGUGAUAACUACCAUUGGCCAGGCCUUUGAGCUCAGGUUUAAGGAGUACCUCAAGCGAACGCCGUCCGUCCAAUACACCAGCGUCAAGUCUGACAAGCCAGGAAUGAAUGGUGAGGGAACAAGCUGGGUACGUGAUGACCCCGAGUACUACAAUGACCUCCCCGGGAAGGUUCCACCAGACUUGCCCCCACCUCCUGUGCCCCCACUCCCACAGUACUCAGCUUCAGAAAGUAAAAGAACACAUCCUCCUGCUACAUCUGGCCCGGCUCCUGCUACCCCAUCAAGCAGUGGGUCAACCAGUUCUGUCUCCCCCGUACCAUCAACAGGAGCCCCUACUGUGCUCCUCAACUCUCACCAGCCACUGACAAACAAAGUGUCUGACAACUUGAUAGAUUUUUCCUCUGAGGGAGCACAGCCGUCGCCACUACGAUGUGAGCCGGAGUAUGUGAACGAUGCCGUCAUAAAACAAAAACAACUCCUUGAUCAGAGAGAUCCUUUUGACAUGCAACCCUUCAGCAUGCAGUUGUCUCAGCUUAGUGGAGGAGUUAGUAGUAGUAACACUCCCGGUGCCGUAGGUGGGCUGUCAGUUGGAGUAACGAGUGGUGCGGGUGUAGCUGCUGGUGGAACUGUAGGAGGGACCAAUAAACCUCUUCCCCUCAAUCAGCGGUUACAGCUACAGCGAGAGCCCUGGUUCCAUGGUGCUAUCAGCAGAAAAGAAGCAGAAUUACUGCUUCUUCAGGAUGGAGACUUCCUUGUGCGUGAGUCUCAAGGAACUGCCGGUCAAUAUGUCUUGACUGGGAUGCAAAAUAAUACGAAAAAACACCUGCUCUUGGUUGACCCAGAAGGAGUGGUUCGGACAAAGUCUCGCACUUUUGAUAGUGUGAGUCACUUGAUCAUCUAUCAUCGUGAUCAUGAACUACCGAUCGUGUCGGCCGAAUCGGCACUUGUGCUCCGCAAUCCAGUUCUAAGACGCACACGCUAGUAGUGAUACCAAACAAGUUUACACUAUUGUGGGUUGAUGGAAGACAGUAAUAAGCCUCACUAGCUUAAUGUUAGUGUCCAAUGUCCAAAAUAUGUGCAAGUGAACCCUUAAAGGUGUUUGUGGUGUACAGUACAGUCAUACUGUAGGUAACCACUGGUAAAGUUCUGUUGGUUGACUAUCUAUGAGGCUUAAACUUAUUUCAUGUAUCGUACGUACAAGUAUCAUAACUUAUAUUUUUUCCAAUUAAAGCAAUGUUUAUGUCUUCAACUUUAUAUAAUCUACAUAAAUGAGUUAUUAAUGUUGUAAAACUGAAGGAUGAUGGUAUAUGUUUCACACUGCUGGGUACUUAGGGUAUGUUUCACACUGCUGGGUACUUAGGGUUUGUUUCACACUGCUGGGUACUUAGGGUUUGUUUCACACUGCUGGGUACUUAGGGUUUGUUUCACACUGCUGGGUACUUAGGGUUUGUUUCACACUGCUGGGUACUUAGGGUUUGUUUCACACUGCUGGGUACUUAGGGUAUGUUUCACACUGCGGGGUACUUAGGGUAUGUUUCACACUGCUGGGUACUUAGGGUUUGUUUCACACUGCUGGGUACUAAGGGUUUGUUUCACACUGCUGGGUACUUAGGGUAUGUUUCACACUGCUGGGUACUUAGGGUAUGUUUCACACUGCUGGGUACUAAGGGUAUGUUUCACACUGCUGGGUACUUAGGGUUUGUUUCACACUGCUGGGUACUUAGGGUUUGUUUCACACUGCUGGGUACUUAGGGUAUGUUUCACACUGCCGGGUACUAAGGGUUUGUUUCACACUGCUGGGUACUUAGGGUUUGUUUCACACUGCUGGGUACUUAGGGUUUGUUUCACACUGCUGGGUACUUAGGGUAUGUUUGGUUGGGGAUAUCUGAGGAAGGACUUUGGUACUACUGGUUUAAGAGAGACAAUUUUAGCUAAUUUUGAUGUAGCCUGACAUGGUUUGGUGCAUACAGUUCUUAUUUUCCUGCAGAACCUUGAAAGUUGAAGCUCCAAAUUUAACACAUUUUAGUAAGCUGGCAACUCCCAAAGAAGAAAGGGUUAGCACUAGUCCAGGGACAUAACCUGACAGAGGCACUGGGUUUGUGCACACUUUAGACAACAAUGCCAUCCAACACAGCCUGGUUAUAGUUGAAAGCUUCACCCACUGGAGCUAUGGUGCCCGGGCCACAGAUGAAGCUCAGUUAAGAAGUUUUGGCAUCAUCAGUUGUGUACCAUCAUGCUCAGAUUCAGUUGUGUACGGCCACCUGAGCAACUGUUGUGUACGGUCACCUGACCAACUGCAGUGUACGGCCACCUGACCAACUGUUGUGUACGGCCACCUGAGCAACUGUUGUGUACGGCCACCUGACCAACUGUUGUGUACGGCCACCUGAGCAACUGUUGUGUACGGCCACCUGAGCAACUGUUGUGUACGGUCACCUGACCAACUGCAGUGUACGGCCACCUGACCAACUGUUGUGUACGGCCACCUGAGCAACUGUUGUGUACGGUCACCUGACCAACUGCAGUGUACGGCCACCU